AUGAUUCUAUCGCAUAUAAAUGUACUUGGGUUUGCCAGCUCCUGGCUGGUGAUGAUGCACUGCGUUCUUUACGAAAGGGCGUCCGGUGCCGAGUUGGAAACAUUUGAUUACUGCAUCCGGGCGACUCCGUCCGCAGGAUUGCUGCAAUGUGCCGGACAGCAGGCACUGGCGUCGUUGCAGUUUCUGGAGGAAGCCAACAAUCUGACCCUGGCCAGUGGGGUGCUGAUGAUCAAGGAUGAUAGCAAUCCAGCAGCAAGGAUUUUGCCCAACUUUCUGGACCAGGAUCCAAUGGAUUUUCGAGGGAUUUUGGAGAACGCCGGCGCAGUCAUUUCCCAGCGGCAGCUCAUGUGGGACAUGGGUAUCAUCUAUCCAGGGUUGAAGCUCAAAAUCGGUCCCACCCUGGGAGCGACCGGAGUGCUGGAGUUUGUGAUGGAUCCAACCGGCGGGCACAACGACGAGCGUACCUUCUUCGAGGAGAAAUCAACAGCACGCAUCUUAACGCGCAACUUCGUAGUCCCAUUCCUGCUCGGUCUAAAGUUCAACCUCGCCACGCUUUUGCCGCUGAUCUUCGGUGGUCUGAUACUGCUGAGCAAAAAAGCUCUCAUCUUGGGCAAAAUUGCUCUCUUCGUAUCGGGCCUGUUCGGCUACGGUAGCAUCUUUUCGUCCGGACUCGGUUAUGGCUUGUAUCCACCUGGCCUGGGAGGAAUUGGUAACGGAUUUGGUGGUGGAUUCCCCGCCCGUCCGUUCCGAUAUGGCGAUGGGUUGAGUGAUAAACCGGACUGGGAGAGUCCUCACCAGCAACAUCAGCAGCAGCAACAUCACCAUCAUCACAAUCGGCCGCAAAGUGAUUCAUUGAGUCCGAGUUACUAUGGGGCAUCGUCUUCGCAGGCGGAUGAAGGGGCAAGCGGGACGUUCUAUAAGAAGAAGGAUAAGUAUUUGAACUUGGAUGAAAGACUGGAAGCGCAAUCAUCAACAUUGGUGGAUAAAUUUUACGAAUUUGAGAAACAGCAGAUGUUGAAGGAUCGAUCGUCAAGAUUGUUUGAGAGGAAGUAUUACGACGCGGAACAGGGAAAGGAGAAGGAUGCUGCGAGUGGUGGGAGCAGCGGAAGCGCGGUGAAAGGAGAUGGGUACACCUUUGUGACGGGGGAUGCAGGUGAGAGGAACGAACGUUCGCUGCCCAUGACGAGUGGCUACAGGAGUUUUGCUUGGAGUGACAGCUGAGGGAGCGAAUUUUCCAUAUUCGAUUGACAGGUUGGUUCGGGAAAACAUGUAAGCUUCAUCAUGAAGUUUUCGUUCGCUAUUUUGGUUCUCGCCGUGGCAAGUUCGGUUCAGUUGUCGCAUUCUAUGGUUAUCCAGGACUCCAGUGAAAUAGCAGAAAAUCGAACAAGUUCCACCCCAAGUUCAACGGCGGUGCUAGUGACCAGUUUUCGGAACUGCUUUACCGAUAUCGGAUUUUUCGAGUGUGUCAAGAACGUUCUAGUGCGAACUUUGAACAAUGCAAUCAACAGCAAUGCAAUGGUGCGAGUGACUCGGUAUGUAAUGAUCACGAAGAAUCCAGAAUUCAGUGUAACCGAAGCGGACGAACGAACUCCCGUCGAUUGGCAUACGAUCAUUUCGAAGAUACGAGAUUUCAUCGAUUCUCGGUCGAUUCAGUUGAGUAUGGUGGCUCCGGAUGGUCGAUCCCUGAUGUCAUUGGGCUCGGAAGGUCGUGGCAAGAAGCACAAACACAAACAACAAGGCGGAAUGUACAUGAUGGGUGGAAUGGCCUUUAUGGCAAUGAUGGCUCAGCUGGUGCUAGGGAAGGUGGCCCUCCUGGCGGCAGUGGCGCUUAUCAUGGCCAAGAUUGCACUGGUGUUCUCCACGCUGAACGGGUUCAAGAAGGCGGCAGCUGCCAGCGGAGGUGGGGCAGAACAUGUGGUUUAUGAACAUUCCGGGCACGGAUCCGGUAGUACUGGAGGAGGAAGUGGCUGGCAGCGAAGUAUCGAACCCAAGCGACAGACGACCGGUGAUGGAGGACAGUGGGAUGAUGACCUAGACGUUCCUUACAGAAGAAGACGGCCAGACUACGACUACCGAGAUCCGCUGGAUGGAGCUUGA